AUGCCCCCAGCAUUGGAAUUGAAAAGAAACAGAAUCAAACUUUUAAAAAAAAAAACUCGCCUCUCGCCAGAAACGGUGCUCUGUGGGCAUCUGGAUGAUGUGGAGCUCACGUUCGAGGCGCCCAUCGUCUCCAUCAGCCUCGGCCUGUCCGCCAUUUUCCUGUUGGGCGGACGAACACGGGAGGAGAAGCCGCGAGCGAUGCUGCUACGCUCGGGGGACGUGGUGGUCAUGGGCGGCGCGUCGCGGCUCCUCUACCACGGCGUGCCUCGCAUCCUCCCCGCCACCCUCCCGCCAGAACUCGCGCACCACCGCCUCGCGGGCACGGAGCCACACCUGGCCCAUGUGGUGGACUACCUGAGCAAGCGACGCAUCAACAUCAACGCGCGCCAGGUGCUGCCGACGGGCUGCGACUUCCCAUCAACGGCAGCAUCCCCAGAAAAAGGCGAGCUGGCAUGCUGA